CGCCGCCAUGAACGCCAAGGUCGUCCUCCUUCUAUCCCUCGUUGCCAUGGUUACGGCCGACGCCCCUCCGGCCUACUCCUACGGCGCUCCGUCAUCGGAGGAAUCGGCGGAGGCCAAGUACGACUUCCAGUGGGCCGUGAAGGACGACUACUCCGGCAACGACUUCGGCCACCAGGAGUCCCGCGACGGCGACAACACACAGGGGUCGUACUACGUGCAGCUCCCCGACGGCCGCCUGCAGAAGGUCACCUACUACGUGGACGGCGACUCCGGCUACGUGGCCGAAGUCAGCUACGAGGGCGAGGCUCGCUAUGACUCCGUCGAGUCCCGCGAGGACGUCUACGCCCCGCCCAGACCCGUGUACGGCUGAGGACGCGACUCUCCCGUCUCGCUCUUCCUGAAGGACGCUGCUCCUGAUUCACAGGAUACUGGUCCUUCCUGCUCUCUCUAAAGGACACUGCUUCUCCUUAUCCCAAAAGGAAGCUAAUUCCCGCGUGAACCUCCGAGGCCCGUGUACAGUUAACCCUUUCCCAUCUCCUCCAUACGUCUUUAUCGCCAUUUUUCCUUUUCUGCUACCCUUUGCUGCCUCCGCAUGCUAACUGCUUCGUCCUGGAAUCGACCUUUUGAAAUCCAUGAUGUGGUUAUCCUCACUUGGACGACGAUAUAUAUAUAUUUGAAAUAAAGUAUUUUUGUAAUAAA